AUGACACCUCCUGGACAUCUCUACCUCCUGAGGGUGUGCAGCGGCACCCCCCUCCUCGUUCUGGGGCUGCUGCUGGCCCUGCCACCUGAGGCCCAGGGCCUCCCUGGUGUUGGCCGCUCAACCUCAGCUGCCCGGACUGCCCACCAGCUCCCCCAGAGGCACUUCACCCCAGAUACCCGCAGGCCUGCUGCCCACCUUAUUGGAGACCCCAGCACCCAGAACACUCUACGCUGGCGAGCAAACACAGACCGGGCCUUCCUCCGCCAUGGCUUCUCAUUGAACAACAAUUCCCUCCUGAUCCCCACCAGCGGUCUCUACUUCGUCUACUCCCAGGUGGUCUUCUCCGGAGAAGGCCAACAUGAGACUACUCCACUCUACCUGGCCCAUGAAGUCCAGCUCUUCUCCUCUCAGUACCCUUCCCACGUGCCUCUCCUCAGUGCGCAGAAGUCAGUGGUUCCAGGGCCACAGAGCCCAUGGGUGCGCUCGGUGUACCAGGGGGCCGUGUUCCUGCUCACACAGGGAGACCAACUCUCCACUCACACAGAUGGCAUCCGCCACCUCCUCCUCAGUCCCAGCAGUGUCUUCUUUGGAGCCUUUGCUUUGUAG